AUGCUCGUUUGCAUCCAUACACUGGCCUCUCUUAAAGGGAGGGGGCGGGUGGAGACAGAGGAACGUGUGGGCAAGGUGCUACAGCACCCGCUUUGCUCUUUGGAAGCUCUCACUGCAGUAAGUGGUGGUGGUGGUGGUGUUGGUGUUGCGGAGUGGUCAAUGCGGCUGACACAGAGAGCGGCUCGCUGUCAGUGGCUGGGUUGCAGGUUGGCACCUCGCGAAUGCAGCAGCAGCAGCAGUAUGGGGAACCGUGCAUAG